UUGUGAAUGUGAGCCACCAUUUAAGACCAUACAUAACAUACAUAGUUUACAUACGCAUGCCACAUGCCACAUGCCACAUGCGUGCUCAAUAAGCCAUUCCCAAAUUCUUCAUUAACCCUAGAUCUUCAUUCUUCAACCUCCUCCUCCCUUUGCGUCAUUCCAACUCAACAAAUCUCAACUCCAUUCAAACCCCCAUUGCUAGAUCUAAUCCAAUUCAACAAAUUUUGCCUGAUCGCUUUGCAAAUUCUUUAUUUUUUUUUUAUCUUUACUCUUUUUUGGCCUGAAUCACUGUUGGUUUAGUCUUGUUUCUAAACAAGUUUGCUUCUUUUUACUUUAAUUGUUCUAAAUUCUGCAUUUUCAUUUUGUGGGGUCCCUUUGAAUUGAGCUGUUUAUUCGUGUUAUUUCUUUUUUUAGAUCUAGUUGUGUUGGGUUGUGCUUUAUAUGCUGUUGUAGUGGAUUCUUGGUAGCGAGUUCUCAUGGCAAUGCCAUCGGGAAAUGUGGUAAUACAGGACAAAAUGCAGUUUCCAAGUGGUGGUGGUGGUGGUAGUGGUGCUGUCGGUGGUGGUGAGAUCCACCAGCAACACUACCGCCAGCAAUGGUAUGUUGAUGAGAGGGAUAGUCUUAUUGGUUGGCUGCGAAGCGAAUUCGCAGCUGCCAAUGCGAUCAUAGAUUCACUUUGUCAUCAUUUACGUGUAGUUGGUGACCCUGGCGAGUAUGAUAUGGUCGUUGGGACCAUUCAACAAAGGAGAUGUAAUUGGACUCAGGUGCUGCUUAUGCAGCAAUACUUUUCGGUGGCUGAAGUGGUGUAUGCACUGCAGCAAGUGGCUUGGAAGAGGCAGCAGAGGUAUCUGGAUCCAGUGAAAGUAGGUACAAAGGAUGUUAGGAAAUCUGGUUCAGGAUAUAGGCAAGGGCAUAGGUUUGAGGCUGCAAAGGAAGGUUAUAAUUCUAGUGUAGAGUCUUAUAGUCAUGAGGCGAACACCGUGGUUGCUGGAGGUGCAGAGAAAGGCAUUCCACUUGCUGAGAAGAGUGAAGAACUUAAAUCUGAUGGCAAGGUUGGGAAGAUGGAUGAUAAGGGUUUAGCAUCUGCUGAGGAGAAGAAAGAUAUUAUAACAAAGCAUCAAACUGAUGGCAACUUGAAGAACUCAGGGAGUUCUCAAGGGUCUCUGUCCAACUCAGAAUCCGAAGCUGUGGUUGUAAAUGAUGGAUGCAUAUCAAAUUCUAAAGCGAAUGACUCACAUUCUAUGGAAACUCAACACCAGAGCCAAAAUCUUUCUACCAUAGCAAAAACUUUUAUUGGCAAUGAAAUGUUUGAUGGGAAGACGGUGAAUGUGGUUGAUGGAUUGAAGUUGUAUGAAGAUUUAUUUGAUGGCACUGAAGUUUCUAAACUUCUUUCAUUGGUCAAUGAUCUAAGGGCUUCUGGGAAAAGAGGACAAUUUCAAGGAAGUCAGACAUAUGUUGUUUCGAGAAGGCCCAUGAAAGGGCAUGGAAGGGAGAUGAUUCAAUUGGGUGUUCCCAUCGCUGAUGCACCACCAGAUGAUAUAAAUGCAGAACCCAUCCCUUCCUCAUUUCAAGAUAUUAUUGAGCGCAUGGUUUCCUCGCAAGUUAUGACUGUGAAGCCUGAUGCUUGCAUCGUGGAUUUCUAUAAUGAGGGUGAUCACUCACAGCCCCACAAUUGGCCACCUUGGUAUGGAAGGCCUGUUCAUAUCCUUUUCCUGACAGAAUGUGAAAUGACUUUUGGAAGAGUAAUUGCCUCAGACCAUCCUGGGGAUUAUAGGGGCACUCACACGCUUUCACUCAUCCCGGGGUCCCUUCUGUCUAUGCAAGGGAAAUCCACUGAUUUUGCCAAACAUGCUAUUCCUUCAAUCCGUAAACAACGCAUACUUGUUACUUUCACAAAGUCCCAACCAAGAAAGUCACUGCCAAGUGAUGCUCAACGUCUUGCUUCUCAUUGGGGUCCACCAUCAAGCCGAUCUCCCAAUCACAUGCGUCAUCAUUUAGGCCCCAAGCAUUAUGCCACGGUUCCAACAACUGGAGUACUGCCAGCUCCGCCAAUUCGACCACAAAUUCCACCUCCAAAUGGGAUGCAGCCAUUGUUUGUUACCGCUCCAGUUGUUCCUCCCAUGCCAUUUCCUGCACCUGUGCCUAUCCCACCACCUGGUUCUGCAGGAUGGACAGCGGCUCCGCCGCGGCAUCCCCCUCCUCGAAUCCCUGCUCCUGGCACAGGGGUCUUCUUACCUCCACCUGGCUCAGGUAAUUCAUCUCAACACUUACCAGGUCCAGGAGGUACUAAUUUGACUGUGGAAACUCCAACCAUAGUGGAAAAGGAAAAUGGGAAAUCAAAUCAUAAUAGUACAAGUGCUUCCCCAAAAGGGAAAAUGCAAAAGCAAGAAUGCAAUGGACAUGUGGAUAAAAGUCAAGUUGAGGCAGAGCAGGAUAGCGAUGACAAAGCUGCGGAAAACCAUUGAGCUUUGCCUGGUUUUAUAUAUAUAAACAGAGAGAGAGAGAGAGAGAGAGAGAGAGAGAGAGAGAGAGAGAGAGAGAGAGAGAGAGAGAAAGCUUAUCAAAGGAAAGGGGUAGGAUGCGAACUUGACAUGAGUUUGAAGCAAAUGUAAAGCGCGGCAACAUUCGAGAUAUCACCAUACUGCUAAGGAGAGAACAAGGGAAGGUUGCAGAACUUUUUGGUUCUCUUCAAAAUCCUUUGUUUGCUCCGAUUCCUUUUUGUUGUCUUACUAUAUUAACUCUUUACGUUAAGGUAAA